UUCCAUAACACAUCACAUACACGUUGCCAUUUUGUCUUGCCUAUGCAUGUAUGUGUUCAAUUUUGACGACACUCCUUCGUAAGUAUUUGUCUCGGAAAGCAUUUUAUACGAUGGUAUAUUUUGAACAUUGACAGAUAAGUGAAUUAGUUUAAAUUCUGAUUCUGAAGCAUCAGGGCUGAACAAGUGAAAUGGUAUUUUUUCUUAGCCUAUUGUUUCUCCUAAUUUCAACUGGGAAAUUAUCAAUGCAGGAUUAUGUAAAUAGCUCAAAAUUGACUGAUGUUACAUGGGCACAUGCGGUGAACAACAAAGAUUACCUCGUAAAUGUGCUAAAUGGGAAUACAAAUUUUAUAGAAGCUGAUAUUCUUAUUGGACAUUUAGAAAACGGGAAUCCUCAAGAGAAAAUUCCGAUUAUGGCUCAUCCGCCAGCCACACAGUCAAAUCUAUCUUUGAAAGAAUUUCUGGAAAAAUGUCUCCAAUUUAAUCAACAGGCAAAAAAAGCUGAUGUAAAAGGAAUAAAAUUGGACUUCAAAUCAAUUGAAGCUUUAGAAAGUUCGAUUGACUUGAUUAAAACAUUGUACGAUACGGUAGAAUACCCUACUUGGAUAAAUGCAGAUAUAUUGGCCGGCCCAGUUAACAACACGUCAACGAUUCCAGUGGACCAUGAUAGAUUUUUCAAGUGUGCAAAACAACUUGGGCCUGUUGUAUUAUCCAUUGGAUGGACUACUAAGUGGGACCAACAUUCUACCGAAGGAUUUUAUUCGGAAACGAACAUUCAGUGCAUGAUCGAUACCAUCAAGUCAAAUAAAAUAGAUAUGCUAGGCGCACCUAUUACAUUCCCGAUCCGUGCUGGAAUAGCAGCAAAUAGUUUUACGCAGCUAAAAAAGCUUUACGAAGCAUUAAAAACGACUAAUGAUGUAACAUUUACGAUUUGGUCCAGUUCGGAUGAUGCUGUUGAUGUGGAAAAACUUCGAAAUUUCAUGUAUGAAAUUGGAACUGAUCAUAUUUAUGUAGAUGUGCCAGAUGAACUGAAAGCGCGUUUAAAUAUUAUUACAACAGAGGUUUGAACCUGUAAUCAAAACACCAUCACAAACAAAAAUCUAUUUUUAAUAAAAUUAUAUAAAAAAAAA